AUGGAAUUUUAAGAAAUAUUAGAUGGUUAUUAAUUAAUAUGCAAUGAAUUAUAAGGUUCUUAGAAUUAUAAAAAUGUUAUGGAAUUGUAUAACAGAUCUGCAAAUUUGUAAGAUCUAUUUGAAAAUGGAUUAAUAAUAGAGGGCAUAUAAUAUGAUUUUGAUUUAUCUGGACAUAUAGAUGUAAUAAUAUUGUUAGAUUGAUUAUCUAGGCAACAAAAUUAGCAUUAGAUAGAUUUGUAUAGAAUGUUUUAGAUUCAGAUGCUGUAGUUUAAGGACAUAGAAAAAUAACAAGUGCUUUUGCUUCUUUAAAAAAACAAUUGGUUUAAAAGGAUGAGUAAUAAAAAGUGGUGAUAAUGACAAAUUCUUAGGUUAUUGCAUCUAAUCCAAUUUCAUAAUAAAAACACAAUAAAGCUAAGUUAUUUGACACGUAGUUAAGUAGUGAAAAUCUAGAUGAUGAAUUAUAAGAGGAAAUAUUCAAUAUUACAAAGAGAAUGAAAGGAAUGGCUGUAGAUAUUUCAGAAUAAUUAAAAUUUGAUAAUAAGGUUAUUGAUAAAAUAUUGCAUAAAUAAGAUGGAAAUAAAAGUAAAUUGAAAUUUGAAGAAAACAAAUUAAUCAAUUUUAUGAAAUCAAAAAGUUUAAGUUGUUCUUCACUAUUUUUAAUGCUUACUACUUCAAUAUUUUUAUUUAUAUUUGCAAUAAUUUUCAUUAGAAUAUCAUGA